UAUUUUUCUUCUGUCGUGAGCUAUGGCAGUUGAAAAGAAAUUACAAACUCCACCAUCCGAAGGGGUUCUAGAAAACAUAUGGGCGAAUUUUAUUGGCGAAGAUUGUCAAACGAACGAUGAAACAUCAAAGAAAUCAUGUGAAGUUUCCGAAACAUGGGAAGAAUUACCAAGUCUUGAUCUCAAUAGAGAUGAUGAAUCAAUUGGAUUUUUACAAAGGCUGCCGAGCCUAGGUAGAUGGAUAUCUAUGGGAGCGGAAGAAUGGGAAGAAAUUCUUGAAGGAACAGUUUUUCCUUCGGAAAAUUUGGAAAAUUCAUGUGAGUUUGUUUCAAAAAGUGGUGACGAUAUGACAAGUCCAAAAGCUAAUGUUGUGACGGUUGAGAAACGUUAUAGGGGAGUCAGGAGACGCCCAUGGGGAAAGUAUGCAGCCGAAAUCAGGGAUUCGUCAAGAAAAGGAGCACGCGUUUGGCUUGGAACAUUCAAGACAGCCGAAGAAGCGGCUUUGGCUUAUGAUAAAGCUGCUUUAAGAUUUAGAGGUCCAAAAGCAAAGCUAAACUUUCCAAUCCAAGUGGUAGAACAAGCAUUGGGAAUUACUCACCCACAAGCCGACUCAAAUGAUCCUUCCACGAGUUCUCAAGAGACGAAUUCGACAUAUAUUCAUAGCUUACAAGCAAAAGAUUGUCAUACAAACAAAAGGGUUUUCAGAGAAUUGGGAGAACUCCAAGAGGAGAUGAUGAUCAUGAAUGGACCACCUCCAUUGAAGAGAUUGGAAACUUUAGAAGGAUCAUAUUGCUAUGACCACAUUGAGAUACUUGAGUUUGAGGAUCUUGGAGCUAGUUUUUUAGAAAAUUUAUUGUCCAAAGGCCUUUAAGAAAAGAAAAAAACUAGAUUUAUGAUAAUGUAAUUGAAAUUACAUACCAAUAAUUUUGCCAGAAAUGAUUAAUUUGUAAAAAGAAACUUGCUACUUUUAAAUUAUAUUGUAUAUAAUAUAUAAAUUAUAACUUGUUUGUUGCUUA